AUGCAGAGCUCACGGAAGGUGGAUUCUCCUCCAUAUGUCAAACAAGCAAUGGGCUUGACUGUUCCUCCUCCUAACAAGACGUGGUGGCUGAUAGGGAGGCUCAGUGCCAAUGCGCCCAUAUACUUGGCCCUUCCUGACAGCGAUGGAGAGCCCAUGGAUGUAGAUCCACAACUAGAAGAAGAACUGACUGAAUUGGAACCACCUGCAAGAGAAUUGCAGCACCGAGGGAAGGAUGGAGGGAAGCGCAUCCCUCAGACACCGCGUGCCCCAUCGCACCGCACCACGGCUUCAGCACAGAGCUCUCAUCUGAAAGCGCCUACAGAAAACACCAACAGACUUUGCGUCCUACCCUGCUCACACACGUUAACUGAUUGGCGCAGGUGUGGACCACGGGAAACCUCAAGGCCGACUCCAGCAUCAGGAUUUUUAAGCUUUCCAGCUGUAUGUACUUUCCCUGUGGCAAACCGUUACAGCAGCGGCGACACGCUCUGCCUUGAGAAGAAGCGCCGCGCCGAAGCUGAAAGGACCCACAUCGCUCCCUCGCGCCACCUCGCUCUCGCGAGAAGAAAAGCCCCGCGAGAGCCCGGCGGUAGGAGGGACGAGGGCUCGCGAGAGCCGGCCGGAGGAGGAGAAGGGAAGGAAGAUCUCGCGAGAGCGGGGCGGUGCGCCCGGCUCCGGGCAUGCGGGCGAGGAAGCUCCAGCCGGCACAGCUCCUACGAGCGCGGCGGAGAUGUGUCGCCCAGCCCCUACAGCAGCUGGCGGCGGUCGCGGAGUCCCUACAGCCCCGUUAUCCGGCGAUCAGCAAAAUCUCGAAGCAGAAGUCCAUAUUCAUCAAGGCACUCAAGAUCUCGUAGCAGACACAGGUUGUCUAGAUCGAGAAGUCGUCAUUCAAGUAUUUCUCCUAGUACAUUAACUCUGAAGAGUAGCCUGGCUGCUGAGCUGAACAAAAACAAAAAAGCAAGAGCAGCUGAGGCAGCUAAAGCCAGUGCAAAAGCUUCCAACACUUCAACGCCGACGAAGGGAAACACUGACACUGCUGCAAGCGCACCUCAAUUGAACAAUGUAAAGGACCUGAAGAAAGUAAAAAUUGAGCAUACACCUUCUCCUACGAGCAGCGUAAAUUUGAAGAAUGACAAGGCAAAAGCAAAGGUCUCACUUCCAGAAACUAAAGGAGAAAAUAAUCUGAUCGCAGACAAAAAUACUAAACAGAAAGCUACAGCGGUAAAAGAGGACAAAGUAACUGUUGUAAAACAGCAACCGGUCACUGUAAAAGAGAAAACCAAACCGACUGCACCUAGCGUAGCAACAAAGGAGAAGGAGCGAACUGUUGCACUACCAGCCUCCACACUGCCACCCUUGCCUUUGCCUCCCACGCUGCCUGAAGAUAAUGAAACUGAUAGUAGCUUGAGAGAGAAUAUUACAGUGAAGUCAGUUAAAGAAACGGAGAAGAAACUUCGCCAUCUGCUUGCAGACUUGCCACUUCCACCUGAGUUGCCUGGAGGAGCUGAGUUAGGCAAAAGUCCUGAAGAAAAGAAACCAACAGUUCAGUUACACAACAAGAGGAGACCAAAAAUAUGUGGACCACGACAUGGUGAAACAAAAGAAAAAGAAAUAGACUGGGGAAAACGCUGUGUGGAUAAAUUUGAUAUCAUUGGUAUUAUUGGUGAAGGCACUUAUGGACAAGUUUACAAAGCUAGGGAUAAAGACACAGGAGAAUUGGUGGCACUAAAGAAAGUACGAUUGGAUAAUGAAAAGGAAGGGUUUCCAAUUACAGCUAUUCGGGAGAUUAAAAUUCUUCGACAGCUUAAUCACCAAAGCAUUAUCAACAUGAAGGAAAUAGUGACAGAUAAGGAAGAUGCUUUGGAUUUCAAGAAGGACAAAGGUGCAUUCUAUCUGGUAUUUGAAUAUAUGGACCAUGAUUUGAUGGGAUUGCUGGAAUCUGGUUUGGUUCAUUUUAAUGAAAAUCAUAUAAAAUCAUUUAUGAGACAGCUGAUGGAGGGUUUGGCCUACUGCCAUAAGAAGAACUUUUUGCACAGAGAUAUAAAAUGUUCAAAUAUUCUACUAAAUAAUAGAGGGCAGAUAAAGCUUGCAGAUUUUGGGCUUGCUCGGCUGUACAACUCGGAAGAAAGCCGACCAUAUACCAACAAAGUUAUUACAUUAUGGUAUCGGCCUCCUGAACUACUGCUUGGAGAAGAAAGAUACACGCCAGCUAUCGAUGUCUGGAGCUGUGGCUGCAUCCUGGGUGAACUUUUUACAAAAAAGCCAAUAUUUCAAGCAAAUCAAGAACUUGCUCAGCUGGAACUUAUAAGCCGAAUUUGUGGGAGCCCUUGUCCAGCAGUGUGGCCUGAUGUUAUAAAAUUAGCUUAUUUCAACACAAUGAAACCAAAGAAGCAGUAUCGUCGAAAACUGAGAGAAGAGUUUGCAUUCAUCCCACCAGCUGCAUUAGAUUUGUUUGAUUACAUGCUUGCUCUGGAUCCCAGCAAGCGCUGCACAGCUGAACAAGCUCUUCAGUGCGAGUUUCUGCGAGACGUGGAACCAUCUAAAAUGCCUCCCCCAGACCUUCCUUUGUGGCAGGAUUGCCACGAGCUGUGGAGUAAAAAACGCAGAAGACAGAAGCAAAUGGGCAUGACUGAUGAUGCAACAGCGACUAAAGUCCCUAGGAAGGAUCUGUCUCUAGGCAUGGAUGAGAGCAGAACCAACACCCCACAAGGCAUGCAAACUUCUUCCCAACUCAAAACUCAGGGCAACUCUAGUGUAGCACUUGCAAAAACAAGCACUGGACAGCAGUUAAACCAGAAUGAAGUGGCAAUCCUGCUAAACCUCCUACAGUCUAAAACAAGUGUUAGUUUGGCGCAGUUUGCCCAAGUGUUGAAUAUUAAGGUAAACCCAGAGACUCAACAGCAACUAAAUAAAAUAAAUCUUCCUGCUGGAAUUUUGUCAGCAGGUGAAAAACAGUCAGAACAGCAGCAGCCGCCGCCGCCUCCACCGCCACCGCCGGAACAGGAGUCCCUAAAACAGCCGACCGUCACGCAGCCUCCUGUACCACCUGCUCAGCUGAGUCAGCCCAAAGUGGAAACUGACGCUGCCCAGGCAGCUGUACAGAGUGCAUUUGCUGUUCUGUUGUCUCAGUUAAUAAAGGCUCAGCAAACAAAACAAAAAGAUUUGGUGUUGGAGGAGAAGGAAAACGGAUCAGGAAAUGAAAUGUCGUUACAACUCAGGCAGCCUCCAGAGCCCACCACUCCUGCAUCUCUCAGCCGGGACGACAUGGAAUCUCCAGCGCCCGGUUACCCACAUCUGAUCAAGUCAUUAUAUACGCCUGCAGGUCAAGAGGACUUGGCUAGGCAGGCCGAGAUGAGACUCCUGAACCGAACGCCGGAACAGGAACGCCCUCGGAUCCUGCCUCCAGACCAGCGUCCCCCGGAGCCCCCAGAGCCCCCGCCUCUCACGGACGAAGACCUUGAUUAUCGGACAGAGAACCAGCAUUUGCCUAUAACUAACUCUUCAGGAACAGAUCCUCAUGCAGGAGUGAAAGCGGCGCUUCUGCAGCUGCUCGCUCAGCAUCAAGCUCAGGCAACAACGGAGGAGCCCGUACAGACGAGCGUGGAUUACCAGGCUAGAGACUCCUAUGUAGCAGGCCCAGACUACAAGGACAACUUUGCAUCAUCUACCUUCUCCUCUGCUCACUAUGGCGGUAGCGAUGGCAUAGGAAGCGGGUCAUCGGGAGCGCUAGAACGAAGGAGCUUCCUCGGAAACACAGAUAUUCAGCCUUUGGAUAACUACAGUACUGCUUCAUCUCACUCGGGAGGUGCCCCUCCUCCGUCUGCCUUUUCAGAGUCCUUUCCCAGCUCAGUAACUGGUUAUGGAGACAUUUACCUCAACACUGGCCCCAUGCUAUUUAGCGGAGAUAAAGACCAUAGGUUUGAAUACAGCCACGGCCCAAUCUCAGUCCUGGGGAACAGCAGGGACGCUUCUGUGGGGCCAGAGAGUACUCAUUCCUUGCCUACUAAGAUGCACAACUAUAGCUAUGGAAGUAACUUACAGGAAAACCCUGGUGGCAUCAGCCACGUGCAUGGACAGACCUGGACAUCUCCUGCACAAGGACCCGGCUACUCCCAAGGCUAUAGGGGGCACAUUAGUACAUCUGCAGUGAGGGGGCGAGGCAGAGGAUUACCAUUUUGAGUAUCUGUUUUUCCUCAGGCACAUCGUUUUUAUCUGGAAAAACUUUUUUUUUUUCUAGCUGCAGUUUAAAGCAGCAAUUCAACAGACUUGAAUAAUAUUAAUUCAACAGCUUUAUUUUUAUGUGGAAAAGGGUCUUGCAUACAGUAGGAAAAAUUAAAAAUGCUUAAAACUCAUGCUGUCUGAAAAAUAGAUGAAUUGAUUGUACAUGUUCACAAACUAGUUCUGAAUUUUUUUUUGUAUUUUGGCAGUUUUAAGUGGAUGCUAAAUUUAGGGACAUCGGCUUUUUAUGGCACUCUUUCAGAUCUUCUGAACUAUGCACAUUUGUGCUUUUUUUGUAAGUUUGGACCAACUUUUAUGUAAAAAAAAAAAAGAAUUUUACAACAAUCAAAGCAGGGCACUGAUUUAUUUGGUAUUUUCUUUUUACAGAACUACCUUUAGUCAAAGGUCACUGUCAGUCAUUGCACUGCUUUCAGUGUUAUUGUGGAAGGCGUACUUUGUGCUCAUUUCAGAUAAUAAAACACAACCUUUCUCUUGAUGAAAAAUUUUAUAAAUAUUUGGUCGAUGUUAAUUUUUUCUUUCCAAAAAAAAAAAAAGAAAAGAAAAGAAAAAAAGAACGGAUGCUCUGGUAAAAUGUUCUCUCCAUCUCCCAGGCUUGUUUAUAUAUAAACUGUUUUACUUGAAUGGUAAGUGCCUUAACACGUAAGCUUAAGGUCUGCAAAAGUUGGAAGUACUCUAUAAAUCAAUGCUAAAGUAAUACUGAAACCUAGAUAGUUAACAAGAAAAUCAGAUAAUAAUAGGAAACUCAAAUAGGUCAUGACUUUGUGUUGUUUACUUCAUGUGGACCAGUUAUUUAGACAUCUAAUCUUAUCUUGAUCAAGUCAUAAUUUCCAAAUUGAACUUUGUAAGAAGCUACAAAAGUGAGAAGAGUGAAGAGCGCAGUUUUUCCUCAGCUCCUCUUUGGAGUUGUAGUAAUUGAUUUACUUCCUCUGCCAAAUAAACUAUGCUUUUUAUGUCCUUUCCGAGUGGUGAAAAAAAAUUUUCCUCUUAAAUGUCAACAGCAGUAAUUACUGUAUGUGAAAAGCUGACGCUAUCUCCUUAUUACCACAACUGCUGCAUUAUGGGAAGUAAACAAAGGACAAAUGACCAGUAUUUAAAGCAGACAUUUUACACUAGUUCUAAUUCUGUAAACUCUUGAUUGUGCCAACUAAUCGUCCUUGUAUCUGCUAUUCCACCGAGUAUUCUAGUGUCGGAAUCGAGUCUCUCUGAACAGCGGAUAAAAUAACUGUAGUUAAAACUCUUAAUUAACCAAGAGCCACUCCUCAAUAAUCAUAACAUCGAGCAUGUUUUUUUCCUGUGAUGACAAGUGGUUCCUCUCCUGCAGAGAGGAGGUAUGGUUAUAUUUUGCAUGUACGUAAAAGAAUGUUUUUAAAGCCCAUAUUGGAAACAAUUUUCCAACUGAUUAUCCAGUUGACAAAUCGGUACCUUAUGUAACUGAGUGUUUAAUUAUUACUUUUUAAAAAGUAAAAUUUCUACUUACACUAUUUCAAAUGUAGUCUUGUCAGUGACUUUUUGGACUUUCAGAAUAGAAGCCAAAGUUGUCGAUGUUUUGUUUUAAUUUAAAAACCUUGGUUCUUGUUGAUGGCCAAGUACCACGUUGCAGAGCAUGGAGAAAGUCACUGUGCUGACUAUGUGGAUUGAGGAUCUGGCAGAUGGGAGAUGGAGAUGUCCCUGUAAGUCCGGCAGCUGCCUUCACUGGGCACAGAAGGGAAUCCUGCCCUCUGAAAACAAAAUCAACCCAGACAGUCAGGAACAAACGCUUGUGGCCGCGUGCUUUAGGAAAACCACAACUUGACAGUGCGUGAGGUAGGUUGGUUUCCUUGAAUAAGGACACCUCAGUAACGUUUUUCUGCUAGUUGAAUUUUAAAGGCUGAAAUCAUUAUUCUCAUUUAGGUACGGACAGCGUCAGCUGAGGCUUAUUUGCUUACCAAUAGAUAGAAAAAAAUUCCCAAGAAUUCAGACAGUUGUUUGUGGGUUGUUUUUUUUUGUUUUUUUUUUUUUUUUGAGUUAAGCAAGACUUUUAAAGCUCUUAGGCCAUUGUUUUCUAAAAACGUGCAGCCUAGUGUUACUCUACUGCACUUCCAAUGUAAAUUGGAAAAAAAAAAAAA